GCUCGCUACUCCGUUUAUCCAGCGCGAGGUUGACAAGGUCAUCUGCGCCGAGAUGAAGACCGCUGUCGCUACCAACCUCACCGCGGCGGUGCAGGAGGCCAACGCCAAGCUGGCGCCAUGCGAGACACCGCGCCCCCGUUACCGCCGCCGCCGCUCCCGCCAGGCAACAUCAAGUGGAUUGGCAAUCCCGUGGUCGGGCUCCUCGACUACGUUCUCGACUCGGUUGUCGGCGCCAGCGGCCCGCUCGGACUUAACAAGAUUGUGGACGUCCUCACCGCAGGCACCGGCAUGGUGUACAUCGACGACCUGGCAAGCUUUGGCCUGCCUGACUCGGCUACUUUUCCGCUCGGCUCGGCCGGUAACCUGACACUCACACUGCACUCGCUCAAUGUCUCGGGCCUCAACACAUGGACCAAGUUUGACGCGCUCGUGCCGACCGGUGCGUACACGCUCACCUCGCAGACCGCCACCUCGAAGCUCAUGCUGGUUGCCGACGUCUCGGUCAACGUCUCCAUCCCAGCAUCGAACGCUACCCUUCGUGGCGCCGAGCUCUACGAGGCCGCGCAGCUGGAGGUCUCGCUCGCCGACUCGAUCAUGGACUUUGGCGUUCUCCUUGGUGUUCUCGAGAAGCGGGUUGUUGCGCUCUCACCGUCGCAGGUUGAGGAUCCCGGCUGUCUCCUUGCACUCCUCUCGGUCGUCAACGUCACUGACAUCUCGUUCAACACCACGGUGGAGAGUAUCUCGCUCACGCCGCUGACAAAUGCCAACGGCGUCGAGGGCGAGCUUGAUGCGGCGCUCGACGCGUUUGUCGGCAUGCUGCUGUCGUCAUUCAACGGCGCCGUCCCGGCCUUUUUCGACUGCUUUAUCGCUACGCCGCUCUCCGAAACGUUCAACGUGUGGAUGGCGGGCGUGCUCGCGGACCCGCCGCUCCUCUGCUCGGCGCCGACUUCGCCUGCCGAGACCUUCAACUACCGCCGGACGUUCCAGGCCUUUCUCGGCGCGCUCAUCCUCUCGCUCCUCAUUGUUGUUCUCCUUGUCCUUGUCCGCAACUCGAUGGCGGCCGGCUCGCAGGUGAAGGGCGCUCACGAGGAGAGCCCGCUGCUAAGCAGCUCGCGCGCCGGCACCUACGCCGAGCUUGCUGCCGACGCAGCCUCACCGGGAUCGUCGUUUGCGGCGCUGGGUGGCAGACUCGACGAAAAGUCGUCGUCAAGCGCAGGCUUUGCGCUCGCCUCGCCACGGGUCGGCGACUGGCACUCGCGGAGAGGAUGUUGCGCGGGGCGCGCUUCGCUCUCGGUCGACGACUCGGUCCCGUGGUUCGCCCGCUACGCCAUCCCGGCCGUCAUACUCGUCAACAUUGCGCUGUUCGUCUCGGCGAACACCUCGGUCGGCGCCUCGGUCGAGGUUGUCAUCACUCUCGGCACUGGCAAGGUCAUGCUGCCGCCGAUCUUCUCGUUUACGCUCGCCAACUCGGUCCACGACAUGUGGGAGGCCGGUGUGUACCCGCUUGCGCUCCUCAUUGCGGUCUUCUCGGGCGCGUGGCCGUACCUCAAGCUCCUCAUGAUGCUCGGAGCAUGGCUCAUCCCGGUCUCGUCAGACGCAGGGCGCGAGCGGGUCCUCCGCAUUCUUGACGCCUGCGGCAAGUACUCGCUCAUUGACUCGUACGUCUUGGUCAUGAUGAUGGUCGCCUUUCGUAUGACCAUGGCUGCGCCGGCCGUCCCAAGCGCCGACGUGCCUGCCGGCGCUACCGCCAUCGACAUUGUCGUCGUCCCGUACUUUGGCUUUUAUGGUUUUCUCAUAGCCACCAUUGUCUCGCUCUGCCUCACCCACGUCAUCCUCCACUACCACCGCGCCGCUGCAGCGGUCCACCAAGCCGCAGAUCCGAACCCGGACGCGGUCACCGGCCCAGUCAUCCUGCCAUCGGCCCGAGUGGCGCUCGCCUCGUCGGCCCGCGCCACCUCAGCCUGGCUCCCCGGCUCGGUCGCUCUCCUGCUUGUCACCUCAUUUGGUCUUGUCGCCGCAGGUGCCGUCGUCAAGUCGUUCGAGCUCGAGUUCCACGGCCUCACCGAGCUCGUUCUCGCCUUUCUGGGCGAGAAGACCGCCACGUCGUACUCGCUCAUUUCGCUCGGCCUUGCUCUGCCAAGCGCGUCGACCGCGCCUGACUCGAUCGGCAUCCGCACCAUCCAGCUCACCUUUUUCAUGUUCGCCAUGAUCAUCCCGGUCAUCCACCACCUUGUGCUCGGCAUUCUCUGGCUCGCUCCGCUCACCGAGGACCAGCAAGAGCGUAUCUUUCGGCUCGCCGAAGUCCUCAACGCAUGGUCGUCGCUCGACGUCUUUGUCAUCUCGGUCAUAGCCGCCCUCCUUGAGAUCCACCAAUUUGCCGCCUUUAUCGUCGGCGACAAGUGCAACGCCAUCAACCCGCUCCUCGCCCAGUAUUUUUCCAGCCCUCUCCACAACGACAACACAUGCAUGGACGUCCGUGCCACCCUCGAUCACGGCUGCUGGAUCCUCUUCGUUGCUUGCCUCAUCUACAUCUUCUGCUCCUCGGUCAUCGCCCAGUCGUGCCACUCGGCCCUCGCUCGCCGCCGCGCUUCCCACCGCUCGCCGCACCGCUCCCCGCCCAUACUUGCUCUCAACUGAUCGCCCC